GUUAUUUUAUCCAUUUGAGAGAGAGAGACGACGAAGCAUCUUCUCGUGUAUCAAUGGCGGCCGUAAGCAUCGCACUUGCUUUCUCUCUCGAUUCUCUCAAGCAAAACCAAUCCAAGAAGCUUCCUCUCUCGUCUAGAUACCCUUCACUAUGCUCUUCUAGAUCUCGCCGUCGCUCAAGUCUCAGAUUCGCUUCCCUUCCUUCUUCGCACUCUACUUCGAUUUCAACCGCCACAGAAACAGGAGAAGAAGAAGAAGAAGAAGAAUCCACCCCGACAAAAUCCACCGGAAGCUACGACUUUCUCGAGGAAACCUUCCGCACGGGGAGGUUCUUAAGCAACGCGGAGCUAGAGAAGCUCAAAGCUCUCGAAGGAUUUGCGUAUUUCCAGGAGCUGGAGUCUGGAACCAUGUGGGUUCGGGUUAUGAGACAAGGCGAGAUGGAUUCGACGGUGAGUCUCCUCGCCGAGUCGUUUGGAGAGUCGAUGAUGUUGCCUUCUGGGUAUCAGUCUGUGUUGCGGUUCUUGGUGAAGCAGUAUCUGAUUGAGAGGAGAGAAGUGUUGCCACACGCAGUUACUUUAGUUGGAUUCUUUAGGAGGAAAACGGAUUCGGGUAGUGGUGAUGGAGAGGAGGAGGUUGUUGAUGAGAUGGCGGGAACCGUUGAGGUUUGUCUUGACAAACGAGGUGCUAAUGCUUCUCCUCCUUCUCCGACUCCUCCAAAGGAAUCACCUUAUGUGUGUAACAUGACUGUGAAAGAGGAUCUUAGAAGGAGAGGGAUUGGGUGGCAUUUGUUGAAGGCGAGUGAAGAGCUCAUAUCUCAGCUUAGUCCUUCCAAAGAUGUCUACUUGCAUUGCAGGAUGGUCGAUGAAGCUCCUUUCAAUAUGUACAAGAAAGCAGGGUACGAGGUUGUUAAGACAGAUACUGUUUUGGUCCUUUUGAUGUUGCAGCGGCGUAAGCAUUUGAUGCGCAAGAAGCUUCCACCUUCCACCACCAGCCCUUCAGAUGUGGUGGAGUCUGAUAAUGAGCUGACCUCCUCGGUCAAUGUAUGAACACGGGGACUACAUGUGACUUGACCAAGAGGAUGAGUUGUUACCACCUUCCAUCUACAAUUGAUGCUCCAAUUUCUUGCUUCAACUUGCUGUUUAUAUGAUCGUAGUAGAGGUUUCCGUUUUGCAUAUAUUCAUAUACUAGGAAGCGGUGUUUUCCAUCUGCACAGUAGCCAAUCAAAGAUACCAGAUUUGGAUGGUCGAGUCUACUCAAUAUAUCCACCUCCACACGAAAUUCUCUUUCGCCGUCAGCCUUUUUGAACGGAGGUAAAUCCAUCUUCUUGAUCGCAACAACCUUCAAAUAGUGAAAGGAUCAAAGAUAAUACGUAUGUUCCUUUUUCAUCUUUGACAAACAUGUACUUCUUAGUAAACAUUCCUAACAGUAUGAAGCCUGUUGUAAAUCACAUUAAAUGAAGCGAUAUACAUUAGUUCAUACC